AUGAGCGCGUUGGUGGGAUACGCAAGCAGCGAUGAGGACGAGGACGAAUACGAAGGAUCUUCACGGCCAGCAAAGAUUGCCACCAAACAUGAAAGCCAGGACCCAACCGAGCCAUCUGACGCACGGGCGCAGUCAGCACAGGAACUACCCUCCGUCCCGAUCGGCCCUUCACUCCGCCCUCACCAACCACACCCGGACGUGGUGGAAGAAGGAGCCAAUCUGAUCCCAUCCUCCUUCUCGCCACCCAGCUCUCCCUAUACCUUCGAACGCCAACGUGUCCGUGAGCUAACCAUGCCGCCCAUACCCAACUUCUCCAUCCCAGAAGCACCCCUUCCGCCACUGGACGGCAGCGAAGAAGCAGCAGCCCUAUCCGCCGCCACCAAAAAGUUCUCGCGCUUCCUCGAGCUGAAGAAACAAGGCAUCCACUUCAACGAACGGCUGUUACAUACUUCGUCCCUGCGGAAUCCGGGUUUGUUGCCUAAGUUGAUGGAGUUUGCGGGGAUUGGGGUGGAGGAGAGUUAUGCUACUACGCUCUCGACGGAGGGAGGUGAGGGUGCGGUGGCGGGGGUAAGGUGGCCGGAGGAGUGGUAUGUUGAGAAUUUAAUCAAGGAGAAUGAAAGGAAGUUGAAGAACGAGAGGGAGAGGGGAGGGAAAUUGGAGUUUGUACCUGCUGCGAAUGCUAAAGCCAGUAAUGGAAGUGCUGUGAGCACACCAGGUAGUAGUGGCAGUGGUGGCGGCGGUCGGAAAAGCCGGUUUGAUAGGCGUUGA